AUGUUGCAAAGACUUGCUCUUCUUUCCCUAUUGGGAACAUCGGCAGUUGCUGCCUUUGACUACGACAUCGUCGGUGCAGGAUCUGUCGUUCUGACUGAUGUUGACACUGGAAUCUCAGAUUUGAGAACCAUCUUUACAGAUGAUGAGAUUGCUGUAUCUUUGGACGGCCUCGAGUGGGAGUCCAACGGAGGCAACACCACUGAUGGCCUCCUCUUCUACAAGACCUACCUUGAUGGUGAGCUCAUGUCAGAAGGUAACAUGACCCUGGGUGAUGUCGGUCGAGAGUUGCCAUCUGGUCUCGACGCAGGAACUGUCAAGGCUACCGCUGGAGGCCGCCACACUAUUGAAGUCAUUGUGACUUCUGGAGAAGCUGAAGCUGUUACUGACAGGGAAGUCGAAAGUUAUGCUGCAGGAGUAUCCAUCCUUCCUCUUCUUGUCAUUCUUGUGCUCUCGGUCACAACCAAUAUGGUCGAGCUCUCAUUAUUCUCGGGUAUCUUUGUUGGCGCCUGCAUUGUCGCCGGAGAGAUCAACCAAGGAUUCAAGGAUACCGUAGAAGACUUCAUCCUGAAUGCCCUCGCUGACGUUGGCCAUGGAUACGUCUUUCUUUUUACAUUCUUCUUGUCUGGCCUUGUUGCCAUGUUGGAGAGAAGUGGAGGAAUGCUUGGUUUUACCAGGUACAUCUCCCAGUAUGCCACCGAUGCACGACGAGGGCAAGUUGCCGCCUUUGUUGUCGGUGUCGUCAUCUUCUUUGAUGAUUAUGCCAACACGCUUCUUGCGGGACAAAGUAUGCGUCCACUUGUUGACAGUCUCUUCGUCAGUCGCGAAAAGCUUGCCUUCUUUGUCGAUGCCACUGCUGCUCCCAUUGCCAGUAUCUCCCCAGUCUCCAGUUGGGUUGGCUACGAAGUUGGCUUGAUUCAAGACGAGAUCGACGCCAUCUCGGAACGCUUUGGCGGUGACAUUACAAUUGACGGUUCUGGAAUGGCGCUCUUCCUUGCCUCCAUCAAAUACCGCUACUAUCCUAUCUUUAUGCUCCUCCUUAUCAUCGGUCUCAUUGCCACCCAACGUGACUUUGGAACCAUGCUUAUCGCGGAGAGAAAGACUGAAGUCUACAAGAGAACUGAUGGUGGUGACGGUGGAACUUCGGGAGCAGCUGGCUCCAUGGGUGACGAAAAUGCGCCCCGUCAGGACCAACCGCUGAAGACAUACAACUUUGCCUUGCCCAUUAUCGUAUUGGUCUUUUUGAUCUUUUACACAUUGGUCCAAACAGGUGAUGAUGGCUCUGGCGAACAAGACUUUAUGGAUAAAAUCGAGAGUUCUGAUUCCUACCAAGCCCUUUUGUGGUCGACUAUCGGUACCGCUCUGGUCACACUAAUUUUCUAUUUGGUUCAAUUCACAAAGGAUGGUUCGCUCAUUGUUCCAAGUGGAUCCGACAUCAAGGAUGCCUUUUUUGGAUCUUCGGAAGAAUCUGACGAACCAAAAGCACGAUCCAUCUUGUCCGUGAGGGACUCGUUGGAAAGUUUCAUCAUUGGAAUGGGGCGUGUUUUCCCAGCAUGUAUCAUCCUAACUCUUGCUUGGGCGUCUGGAAGUUUGAUGAAGGCAGUUGGCUGUGAUCGUCUCUUUGCGGCUUGGAUUGUUGGCGGAGUUGAUCCAUCCGAUCUUCCUACCUUAAGUUUUUUGAUUUCCUUGUUCAUGGCUCUUGCAACUGGAACUUCGUGGGGUACAAUGGGCAUCCUCUUCCCACUCAUCAUGGUCCCAACCUACAUUGCCUCAAACGGUGAUGAAGAAAUCUUCACUGCCACUGUUGCUGGAGUUUUGUCCGGAAGUGUUGCUGGAGAUCACAUGAGUCCAAUUUCCGACACAACUGUGUUGAGUUCCUUGGCGACCGAGUGUGGGUUGAUGGAACACGUCGGAACUCAAGCUCCGUAUGUGCUGGUGGUUGUCAUCAUUUCCAUCCUCUUUGGUACACUUCCCAUUGGAAAAGGUGCCUGGCCCAACUUUGUUGGUGUCAUUCUUGGCAUUCUCGUUCUCGUAGCCUUUAUCUUUGGGAUCUGCAAGCCAGUUCUUUCCCCCACUGGAGCAUGGGAUCCAAUUACCUUGCUCUUCCAGAAGAUUGCAAAGACAGAAGGUCUUGAGAAGCUUCAGAAAGACACCAUUCGAGCCGCAAGUGGGGAAGACUUGUCGAAGGAAGUCGAAGCAAAGAAAGUCGACGUCGAGGAGACUCCAGAGCAGAGCCAGCCCAUUAUGGAGAAACCUUCUGCAGAAGAAGCAGCAGCCUAA